ACCAUUUCAUCAAUACAAACUUAUUAACUACUCCCCACAUAGGUUUUGUGAUCAAACAACUAUAAUCAAGUAUCCAAAGAUGGAAGGCAAAACUUUGAUUGUAAGUGUGCUCGUAAUGAGUCUGUUCAUGGCACAAAUUCAAGUUGACGCAAAAAGCUGCUGUCCGCACACAACCGCUAGAAAUAUCUAUAAUGCUUGCCGCGUAAUUGGAAAUUCUAGGGAAAGAUGUGCAAGUCUUAGUGGCUGCAAAAUUGUUAGUGUGUCGACAUGUCCUAACGGAUAUCCUUACAAGGACACUCUCGAAAACACAGGUGAUGCUGUUAAUGAAUACUGCAAGGUUGGAUGUGUAUCUUCUGUGUGCGGUGCUUUAAUCACUCUCCAGAACUCCGAUGCAAAUGAAAUUGUGAAUGAAGCUGUUGAAAAAUGCGCCAACACAUGUUCUACAAUCUGCACCAAAGGCUCCAUAAAUGCAGUUGAAACUGCAUAGACAACUAUAUCCAUGAAAAUACUACGUACGUCUGGAGGUGAAGGAGCUGGUUUGGUUUUCAUGGAGUUGGUUUUCAUGUUUUCAAUAAUUGUCGUGUAUGUGGGAAAAAAAUGGUAGACUCUCGUGCUUGUUUGUGAUGUGCUUUUCUUGAAGGUUAUCGAUCCCUAGAUUGUAUAUGCCUUCUACUCCCUAAUUUUAAAAUAAUGAAUAAUGUGUUUGUAUCCA